AUGGAAGCAGAGGUGGCGGCGGUGGCGGAGGGCGACGGGACAGCUGGAAGGACGAUAAGCUAUGAGGCCGGCAUUACGGCGGCGCUCCCCUCAACGCAAAGUCCUUCCACGUCCCCCGCAAUACACCCAACGCAACAGCCGCCGCCGCCGCAGCAGCGAUGCCUCCCUCGCACCUCCAUCGUCACCCACAGCGGCCUCAACUUCCAGGAAAGCGUCAACGAGAUCGGCGCCCACGUCUCGACCGGCGUGCCCCACCGACGCCCCUCCAACGACGUCGAGGCGCUCGUGAACGCGUCGGCGACGAGCGCGGUGACCGUGCCCGCUGCAGGACCCUACGCCGUCGCGUACCGCACACCGACGAUGGCUACGGCGAAUACAACGAUGACUACGACGACCAACAAGAAUGAUGAUGAUGAUGACGGCCCCUCGCCUCCGCAGCUGCAGGCCACAUCGAAUGCCGCCUCCACGCCUCUCACCACGGCACAGGCGCGGCUGCGCACCCGAAGCGUCGACCUCUCCACCGCUCUGACUUUAAGUCAGUUCCAACACUACCACGAGCAGCAGCAGCGGCGUCAGCGGAGGCAGCGGGCAGCGACGGCAGCGGAGCCACCGCAGACGCUGCUGCUACUGCGUGGUGAUGCUGUCGAUGAUGGCGGCGGCGGCGGAGGACCUCCACCUCCGCGGAUGUUCUCUACGCAAGCUUCGGGACACGGCACGCCGACAUUUGCACCGGAGCUCGCAGCGUCCCGCGGCACGGCGAGCGGUGGGACCGGCAUCGUGGCAUCCCUCGAAGAUGCUGCGGCUGCGGCUGCGGCGGCAGAUGACGACUCGGGGGAGCCGGCGCCGCGCUCCACCCGCGCGUCGGUUUUUAUUUUUCCCGACAUCGGAGAAGGCCGGACCGCCGGUCAGACGGAGGGUGCCGCGGAGGUGACGAACGUGGCCUGCACGGAGGCCCCCAUUCUUACUUCGACAAGGAGUACGGCGGUGAGCGCGCGGCAGACGCUGCCGGUUCCCGUCGAGCAGGAGGGCAGAAUCGGGAAAGCAACGUUGCAGCAGCCGUCGAUUGUGCCAGAGAAGCACACGCCGUCUUCCCUUGUGGCGGACUUGGCGGCGAGUGCGCAGGCGAUAGAGAGCGGGGCCGAGAAUCAACCAUGA